GCGUCAGUGGAAAAGAAGCUACAGUUUUACGACAAAUAUGAAGUACUUCGGAGUGAUCCUCGCUGUCUUGGCUGUUUUCGUCUGCCAGAAUGAAGCCAGCGUCUCGGUGGUCAUGAACCAGCUGAACAAGACAGUUCAGAGUAUGCAGAACGUCUUGGAAGAGCGCAGAGGACAUGUCGCUGAAAACCAGAAUAGCAGGCUCCAAGCCUUCAUGGAAAACUUCAGAGGGAUUGUUGCGCACACCGUUGCAGCAACCAGGAAAGAAUUUGAGGGACAGGGCCCAGAAUGUUUCUCAACCCUGGAUGGAGAACUCAAUGAUGCUCAGAAUAAAGUAUCACCUGCAUUAGAGAAAUGCCUCCAGGAUAAUGUCCCCAAUGCUCAACCCUUCGAAAGCAGCAUUAACGGAUUGAUUGUCAGAGGCGCAGAAAUCCAGGCUAGGAUGAACGAGAUUGAAGCGGAAUGCGCAUCCGAAAACAAUGUCAUCGCAAGGGCCUGCAUUGCCAAGUAUAUCCCGAGAGUUUCAAUGUCUGUUGGAGUCUACAUUGCAGCUGCUGGAAAGCUUAGAGGACAAACUGCUGUUAGUAUGGGUGCAGCAUACGCUAAAAUUGGAAGUUGUGCCUUGUCUCCAAUGAAGGACUUCAAAGUUGCAGUCGCCAUUGCAAGGAGAAAUGCUCGGGCAUGCACCAAAGUGCAGUAACGUAAAAUUGUUUUAAAUGAUAGACAUUCUUGUCUUUGCGGUUCGUUUCCAGAACCGAUUUAGACAUGAUUCGUAAAUUCAUCAUCAUGUUUAAUUGAAUAACAAUAAAAAAUUGAUAAAGA